GAUGCCUGGAGCGAUGCCAAGGGGCAGCUCCACAUGGACUCGCAGCAGGACUACCAGCUCCUUGGGGCUCGAAGGGCUCCCGAAGGGCUCUACCUCCUCUUCAGAAGAGCCUUCAGCACCUGCGACCCCAAGGACUACCUUAUAGAGGAUGGCACCGUGCACCUUAUCUAUGGGAUCCUGGAGAAACCAGUCCAUUCCCUCCAAGCCAUCAACAUCUCUGCCAUCCACAGGGGACUGCAGAGGGUGCAGCUGCUAAAGCCCAACAUCACCGUCCCUGAACUGCCCAGCGACAUGAAGACCAUGGAGAUAACGGCCCCUGAUGUUGUCAUUCCCAGCCAGGAGACAACCUACUGGUGUUACAUGGCAGAGCUCCCAGACAGCUUCCCCAAACAUCACAUUAUCAUGUACGAGCCAGUGAUCACAGCAGGCAACGAGGCCCUGGUCCACCACAUGGAAGUCUUCCAGUGCGCUGCUGAGUUCGACAGCUUCCCCCAUUACAAUGGGCCCUGCGACUCCAAGAUGAAGCCAGACCGACUCAACUACUGCAGGCAUGUGCUUGCAGCAUGGGCCAUGGGAGCGCAGGCUUUCUACUACCCUGAAGAAGCAGGUCUUGCCUUCGGUGGCCCAGGCUCCUCCAGAUAUUUGCGCCUCGAGAUUCAUUACCACAAUCCCCUGGUGUUCAAAGGUCGCCGCGACUCCUCGGGGAUCCGCCUCUACUACACGGCCACCCUGCGACGCUACGACGCUGGCAUCAUGGAGUUGGGCUUGGUCUACACGCCGGUGAUGGCCAUUCCCCCAGGCGAGGACGCUUUCAUCCUCACGGGGUAUUGCACCGACAAAUGCACCCAGCUGGCUCUGCCCGCUGCCGGCAUCCGCAUCUUUGCCUCCCAACUCCACACUCACCUGGCAGGAAGAAAAGUGGUGACAGUGCUGUCCCGGGAUGGGAGAGAGCAGCAGGUCGUGAAUGCCGAUGGUCAUUACAGCCCUCACUUCCAGGAGAUCCGCAUGCUGAAGGAGGUGGUUGCAGUUUUUCCAGGCGACGAACUCAUCACGACCUGCACGUACAACACGCAGGACCGGAGCCGAGCCACCGUGGGUGGGUUUGGCAUCCUGGAAGAGAUGUGCGUGAACUACGUGCACUACUACCCCCAGACGCAGCUGGAGCUGUGCAAAAGCGCUGUGGAUCCAGGCUACCUGCGCCGAUACUUCAACCUCGUGAAUAGGUUUAACGACGAGGAGGUCUGCAUGUGCUCGCAGGUCUCCAUCCCACAGCAGUUCUUCUCCGUCCCCUGGAACACGUUCAACAGAGACGUGCUGAAAUCCCUCUAUGGCUUUGCUCCGAUCUCGAUGCACUGCAACAAAUCCUCAGCCAUCCGGUUCCCGGGCGAGUGGGAGAAGCAGCCGCUUCCCACCAUCACCAAGAGGCUGCGGGAGCCCGUCCCUCGCUGCCAACCUGCCCCGGAGCCUUGGCCUGCUGGCCCCGUCCCCCUCGACCUGGGCAAGCUCAGGAGGGACUGA